AUGCCUUCCUCAGAACUAACACUCUCAUUUGUUAACAGUCAUAUCGCUUCCCAGGACAACUGCAAAGAUGUAUCCAGGAUAUCGUAUUCCUACGACUGGCUUAAGGACGUCUCCGCAGCCUAUCUGACCAAGUGUCCCCCGGAACUCUCCGGGUACCGGAGACUCUCCAGCCCACGUUCUAGCACGCCUUCGUCCACAGACAGCGAAAUUACUGAGACAGUCGACGUCAAUGGCUUCAGUGUCUACCCGCGGGAAGCUGGCCUGUUUUGGCCAACGGGGUUGCACCAAGCACGGCAGAGCCGCCAUUGGGACGCAGGCCUGAAGAUCUCUUCCGAGCUUUUGGAGCUUUUCAGCUCCGACGUUGAUUCCAGCAAGGCUGUUCGCCCGAAUGGGAAGUCUCUGGCAAAAAUAGCCCAGCACGAGCUCUUGUUGCCGGAAGAAGACCGGUUCACCAAGUUUGCCACGUAUCUAUUCCCCGAGGCAGACGAGGAGAGAACCAGGCUCUUGGCCGCAACAAUUGUGUUCAUUGUGAUCUUUGAUGACUCUUGGGAGAUGCACGAAACAGACAAGCUUGGAGUCGUGCGUGAUGAUUUCAUCAAGCGUCUCGAAUCCAACGACGACGGCGCAGAUGACAAGACUCCGCUCCAGACACUGAUAGACUAUGUUGUCAGCGGCCUCAAGGCCCACGAUAAGCUCGCUGGUAACGCAGGCCAGGAAGUGCUAACCCACCUGGUGGCCUUUUGUCGUCAUGUUCCCCCACAGUCAGAGUUUGCAAGUCUGGCUGACUACCUUACGUACCGCAAUAUCGACGCGGGUGUCCCGUACAUUCUGGCCUGCGUCAAAUUCUCGAUCGAAUCCGACGUAGUUAUCGAGGAUCCUAAACUCGCCACCAUCUUACGCUUGAUCAGCGACCACGUUUCGCUAGUAAAUGAUCUAGCCUCGUUCGACAAGGAGCUCCGGGCUUUCGAGGCAGGCAAGGUUUGUUACAUGAUCAAUGCUGUCGAUGUUGUGCGGAAAGUGUUUGGCCUGUCAAAUUGGCAAUCUGCAAAGGCAUUGACUUUCGCGAUGCAGCUGGAAGUGGAAUCUCUGAUGGAAGACGAGUUGACGAGGCUUUCUGUGGACGGUUGCUUGACCCCACAAGAAGAGAAGUUUGUCGAGGCAUGUCUGACAAUGACAGCGGGAAACGUGUUCUACUCUAUCGUGACUUCGAGAUACGGCGGAGAGGAAGCCAGAAUUGCCUCCUAG